UUCUAAAUCAUUCGCAGUACGCCAUUCUAAACUAGCCGUAGUUCGCCAUUCCAAACCAGUCGUAGUAAGCCAUUUUGCAGUCUAUUCGUGCCAGGAUACCGUGUUAAUAUAUUCCUCUGUUCAAUUAAGCUUCGAAAAUGAAGUCACGAUCGAAAUCAUCCCGAGCUGGCCUGACUUUUCCCGUCAGUCGUGUUUCUUCAUAUCUUCGCAAGGGCCAGUAUGCCAAUCGUAUUGGAACAGGUGCUUCCGUUUACUUUGCGGCGGUACUGGAGUACCUUACGGCAGAAGUGCUGGAACUAUCCGGAAAUGCGGCCAGGGAUAACCACAAGUCGCGACUCGCUCCUCGGCACAUCCAACUUGCCAUUCGCAAUGAUGAAGAAUUGAGUAAGUUGUUGCAAGACAUAACUAUCGCACAAGGAGGUGUUCUGCCGAACAUUCAUAACGUCCUUUUGCCGAGAAAAACUGGACAGAAAAGUAGCACUUCGAAUUCUGCACCAAGUCAGGAAUAUUAGGCGCGUAUCUGCUUAUUUUUUACUCGUAAAAUGUUAUUUUAACUUUUUUAAAGUUAUGCGAUACAGAAACAAGAGAGCACCAGUUCACUUUUACUUACCUUUUUCAUUAUAUAUGUUAAAAGCUAUAUCCAAGCUUCCGUAAAUAGUCAUCCCUUCGCCGUUUAUGUGAAUCGCGUUGGUUACAGAAAAAGAAAUUUGAAGAACACGUCACUAAGUGAAAGCACCUUCGAGCUCCAGCAAUCGCGGAAUGCAACAAGUCUAAUGCGAUUACGGUUAUUGAGUGUUAAUUGAAAUGGUUCUACUCUUAUUUUCUAACGCUCCCUUCUUCAUAGAGUGUGUUGGUUUGGUACAAAUUGUUCUCAGAUAAGAAAUAUUGGGAUGGAUGGGGAUGACCUUUCCUGUCACACAAGCGAAAGCGCUGCUGCUGGGUAGCUUAAACGUCGAUUUUUGGUCAAAUGUAAUCGCUUAGAACGGCUUGAGACGCGUGCCACCAUUGUAAUGCAAUAAUGCGAAGAUUGUAAUUGUGCCAUCCUUAUCAGGCCAAUAAAUUGCGACAAAAACUGUA